AUGACGGCGUUCGGGGACGAGGCGUUCGGCGGCGAGCGAGGCGAGGGCGAGGGCGAGGGCGACGAGGGCGAGGGCGGGCGGGCGACGAAACGGGCGAGGACGACGACGGAGACGGAGACGGAGACGGAGGAGACGGAGGAGACGGAGGAGACGGAGGAGAUAGCGAGCGCGGCGACCGUGGCGGCGAUGCGACGGGCGUACGAAGACGACGUGGAGAAAAUUUGUGGCGAGUGCGUGUCGGCGUUCGACCGGGACGCGCCGUUCACGAUUCAAAGGAUUUGCGAGUUGGCGUGCGAGCCGAGCAAGUAUUACUCGACGCCGUAUAAACUGGCGAGCGCGUUGUUCAAGCUCUUCGCCGUGACGCAGACGGUCGAUCGCGCGCGCUCGAGCGAUCGCGAGGCGACGACGGCGACGAACGCGAGCGAGUCAGCGGCGAAGACGACGACGCCGGCGGCGACGGAGGCCAUGGUUCGCGACGCGAGAGACCCGCGCGCGGCGGAGCAAAAGGCUUUCAUCGGCGCCGCGUUCCGCGAGACGACGCCGGUAGAUUUCGAAGAAUCGAUUCAUCCGCCUCGUCCGCCGUCGCCGCCGCAGCUCUCGGUGUAG